AUGGUCGAAGCAAAAGAGCUGGUGGAUAUCUAUAAUUUGUCGGAGCCUCACGGACUUGGCGAUAAGAUGAGUUCGAAAGCAGCGUUGCUUAUUGUUUGCACAGUGAUUUUCGAAGCUCAGACACAAUGCUGCAAUCCUAAUCCGAAUCCGGAAUACUCAACUUUGCUUUACGGAGCUCCUCGUGAUGCAAGACGAGCGCUUAGGAGAACUCUUCGAAACAGCAAUUCAAUGCCAAGAAAGCAGCUCAAAGAAAGAGUGGAGCAAUGGGCAGUUCAUUAUAACAAAACAGAGCAACUUACAGCAGUUCUCAACAAAUCAGCAGCAGCUUCGCAAACGAUCCAAAAAAAUAUACAUAUGAUCUUUGAACAGCUUCCCGAAUUCAUGGCAAAAUUGACAGCAAUAAGUGCUAAUAUGGAACUUUCCGUGGAAGGAAUGUCGAAUAGCAUCGAAGAACUCAAUAAAAGCGUCAAUCAAACACUGGCGGAUGCGGCCUGCUGUAUUGUAUCCACAACAGGAUUUCCCGGUGGAAAUCUUACCGUCAUUUCCCCUUCCUGCGCUCGGAUUUCUAUAGUAGAUCGAUUGAAAAUUUUUUUUAAAAUGCUGAAUUUCUGUGUAGCAGCAUUUGCAGCGUUUUCAAUCCUUCAGAAAGCAGAGGCAUGUUGUUGGUGCAGCUCACAGGCUCAGCAUGUUUUCGUACAGACAACAUCUCACAGCGCUCAACAAGCUCUUCAAACGAUUCUUACUAACAGCUACUCGAAACCUCGAGAUCAAGUUACUGCAAGUAUGGCUGAGUGGGCAACGCAAAAUAAUAUGACUGGGGAAUUUGAAGACUUCCAAAGACGAUCACAACAAAUCGCUGCCGAAACAGAAAAUAGUAUCAGUGAGAUAUUAAAUCAACUUCCAGCCUUCAUAUCAAACAUUUACGACAUCAGGAACAAUCAGAGCCUUUCGCAGGAAGAAGCGGAUCGAAUGACGAGGACAUUAUAUGAUUCAGCGAGCCGUAACCUAGCAAACGCAGCAUGCUGUAUUCUAUCGCAAAUGGAUCGGAAUGUUGGCUCGUUCACCUUCACCUAUUCGGUUGGUCCAGCCACACAACCUGUGACCAAAUGGGUUUCUGGUUGGAUGUUUCGUGGAAAACGAUCGCUUCCCUACAAAGCGACUGAAACAGCGAUGAAACAGCCUUAUUCGAACAAGGCGCAUCCAGUAGGAGUAUAG